GCUAAAUUUUGUGCAAAGAAUUUUGCAAAUUGUGGUUUAAAAGUUAAUUUACAGGAUUGUGAAAUAUACAUUGAACAAAAAUGUGAAAGGAUUGUAUUUUAUGCAAUGGCUACUAUGCUUGUCUAGCUCGUUUUAGGCUGAUAUCAUUGUAAAAAGUGUGAAAAAUGGGCGACAUUUUCCACACCAAUUCCAGAAGGACAACUAGUUCGUUCAAACAAGAGUUGUUUCCUGCUAAGCAACGUGGUUUCUAUUCGGAUAUCUUGCGCGAAGAAGCUGCAGGAGAAUUGCAGGGUGUAAAGAAUGGCCCUGCACGAAAUGAGAGCAAAGUUUGGAAAACAGUAAAGGAAAAACAUAUUCCGAAAGCUACAACAUUCAAAGGCCCAGAAGGUGAAGAAUUUGAAUCAAGUAUUUCAUUUGGACCAACCACUGCCUCUGUGACAAAUUCUGAUUUUCCCUGGGGAUCAUGGGAGCCAAAGGUUCAAGUACCAUACGAAACAGAACCUGGUCAAGUACCAAGAAAAAUUGCUAUAGAGAGACUGAAACGUUUGUACGCAAGUCAAGACCUUACAGCAUUGCUUGAACAACGCGGAGUUUUAACAUCCGACCUAAUGCCUCACAAAGGUUUCAACAUGAGAGUUGAUCUUACCAAGGCUGACCCGAAGAACAAAAGACUUUACCCACCUUAUUUGUCACUGGAUAUUUUUGACAACACAGAGUUUGACUGUCGAAAUCCGCGAGAAUGGUUGGAUCUUGGUGUAGUGAAGGGACACCAGAGACCAGUUCCAGGAAAGGCAUUGUUGUCGUUGACUGGCAAGGAUGUUGCUGAUCCUGACAGAUUCAAAUGGCUGGAUGUUGGAGUUCUUGGGUACAACCCAGACAACAAACUGUUUUUCGUCAGAGCGGUCGGACUUGGUGGUGUUCAACAUAAUGUUAUCCCUAAGGGUACAAAACUGAACGCUUAUAUCCAAAAAGAUGCCGAGAAGUCCAAACCAAAUCCACUACCACCCUCGCUGACCAUAGACGGAUGCUGGAUCCCAAGGAUUCGCCUCAUGUUCUGUGCCGAGGACCCGAUGGCCUUUGCGGAUAGAGUUGCUAACGCAUACAACCUGAGAUUACAGACAGAAGCUCUUUUAAGAUACCAUUUGUAUGUUGAUUGUAUGCCUGUGGAUGGAGUUGCAGAGCUCGAGACAUGUUCAUUGGACCGGAUGGUGGAAUGGGCCAGUGAAACAAGCAUGUUGAAGAAAGGGCCUAGUUUUGACGAAAAAGUUCACCUUUUGUGCAACGAGAUUAAGCUGGAUUUUGCAAGAACGAUGAAUAAAAUAUCUUUUGACAAGACGGUAACCAGCAUGCCACAAAAAUUUUGGUAUGUCACUCUGCCAGAGGAUGAGAAACAGAUUGUCCCGGAAAGAGGCUACAAUCCGGACGUUCCUGCCUGCCCGUUCGAUAGGAAAUUUGACCAAUUUUCCUUCCUCUCCUUGCUAACACGCGCCGAAGUCAUACACGCCAUGGCGAAAGUUCGUGCCGAAUGCAACAGGGUUGCAGCUAUGUGUUUGUUUCAAAUCCCGAUCACUAAAAGCAUGAGAUUGGAGGAGUUCGAACAGACGCAGAGCCAAGCAAGUUCGCAGAUUCAGUUGUUCCUGAAAGACAGUUGGUUAAGCACGUUACGCUCAGCAAUCAGAACAAGUCUUAGUGAGGCUGGAAAAGGAUGGUUUAAUUUGGAUGAAACUAUCUGGGAAGUUUACAAAAUAUCAAAAUUGGCCAAAUUUAUGCAGCUUGUUAACUUUGCGAUGCAGGAUACGCUACGAUAUUUGGUACAAGAUUCUUUGGCUCUGUACAAACAAACGAUUCAUGACGGGUGUCAUGAAGUAUUACAUGUCAAAGAGGAUCUCGUCUGGGGCAAAGAUAUUAUUAACAGCCCAUACAAGCCAAAAAAGAACCCGCUGUUUUUUGUCGACCUAACGAUGGACAAAGAAGGUGUCGGUUACGGAAUGGACCUACAAAACUUUGAACAAACUGUCAUAAGUCUUUUCGACAAGGGAAUUACUUGUACAAAGAAUGUUCCCCAACUGGAGAAAAUGGUCAUGAAGAAGUUGUUUUGGAGUGCAACGCCACUGUUGGAAACUGUCGGAGAAAAUGAACCCCCGGUCGUUGAGACGAGAGAAUAUAUAAGAAAAGCUAUACAGAAAGCUAUUAUCCCUCUUUUAGCGUACGCAAGAGAGUAUGAAAAACAUUUGGAGUUGUUCAAUUUGGAUAUCAAUGAAUAUUUAAAUGAUUAUGACAGUCAAGACCACAGCGCCGUGGAGGUGAAACAAGAGAUUGAGAAACAUCUUGCAGAGAAAGAUGCCCUGGAAAACAGCAUACCUUCCUUAAUCGUGAUUGGUCCUUUUCAAAUAAACACGGAAAGCGUUCGUCAGAAAUUGGCCACUAAGAGGAAAGCAUUGGCGAAUCAGGUCAUCGAGUUAUUGGCAAAGAAAUUAAGAAAACAAAAUGAUGAGGUUUGCGAAGAAUUCAGACAAAUCGCUCGCACACUGUAUGACAAGCCAAAUUGCAUUGAAGAACUGUCAGAACAACGAGAGUAUAUGAAAACCAUUCCUGAUUUACUGAAGAAAAAUCAAGAACUGAUCGAUAAAGCAGUAGUGGACUAUGAAUUGAUCGAGGAGUUUUAUUACAGUAUAUCACAAGAUGACUUCAAUGCCAAAUGGACAGUAAUAGGUUUCCCUCACAAAAUCCAACAACAAAUCGAAGCAACAGAACUCGCGUUGCAAACCGACGAAGAACACUUUCAGAAGAAUCUGUUAUCAGAUCAAACUACUUUCCAAGAUCGUCUUGAUACGCUGAACAUGGUAAUUGCUGGAUUCGCGGCGCAUACUGAUAUCAACCGCGCUCACGAAAUAGCGAAUGACGUAAGACGAAUUUCAAAGCAAAUUAAAGAAUGCCAGGGCCUGGCGUCGACGUAUAAUAAUAGGGAAAGGUUGUUUGGGUUGCCUGUGACAUCGUAUGACAAACUUGGUAAGUUGCUAAAAGACUUCGAGCCUUACAAAAACCUGUGGCUGACAACAUCAGACUGGUUAAAAUGGCAUGACUCGUGGAUGAACGACCCGCUGACCACAAUUGACGCAGAACAACUUGAAAGCAACGUGAGCAAUUCGUACAAAACAAUGCACAAAUGUGCUCGUCAUUUCCAAGAAGUGCCAAGUGUUCAGAAUAUUGCGAAUGAGAUCAAAGGAUGGAUUGAAGAUUUUAAGCCGUUUAUCCCGUUAAUCCAAGGAUUAAGGAAUCCCGGAAUGAGAAGCAGGCAUUGGGAUCAGCUUUCAAAAGAUCUUGGUUUUAAACUGGUUGCAAAUCAAAAUCUGAAUUUUGCGAAAUGUCUUGAACUCAAACUUCAAGAUCACAUCAAUGUCAUUGCUAAGGUCGCUGAGGUGGCUGGCAAGGAGUAUUCGAUAGAGCAGGCGCUAGACAAAAUGGAAGGUGAAUGGGCUCCAAUGGUGAUGGAAGUAUUGGAAUACAAGGAAACAGGAACGUACAUCAUCAAAGUCAGCGACGACUGCUCACAACUGCUCGAUGAUCAUAUUGUCAUGACGCAGUCAAUGUCAUUCUCGCCCUACAAGAAACCUUUUGAAGACAGGAUUAACACUUGGGAGGGGAAGUUAGUGAUGACGCAGGAUGUGUUGGACGAAUGGAUGAACUGCCAGAGAGCUUGGCUUUAUUUAGAACCAAUAUUUAGUAGCGAGGACAUAAACAGGCAGCUGCCUAUCGAGUCUAAAAGGUACCAGACAAUGGAACGUAUCUGGAGAAAGGUUAUGAAUAAUGCACACAGCAACCCUCAGGUGAUAUCUCUGUGUCCAGAUGCUCGCCUUCUUGAUUACCUCAAAGAAUGCAACAAAUUAUUAGAACAGGUUCAAAAAGGUCUGAGUGAAUAUCUGGAAACAAAGAGAAGCGCAUUUCCUCGUUUCUUCUUUUUGUCCGAUGAUGAAUUGUUGGAAAUACUUUCUCAAACAAAAGAUCCUACCGCUGUGCAACCGCAUCUCCGGAAAUGCUUUGAAAAUAUUGCCAGGCUUCAAUUUGAAGACGACCUGCGUAUUUCAAAGAUGUUUUCUUCGGAUGGUGAAGGGGUACCAUUCUCCGAGGAGAUGUAUCCUCGCGGCAACGUGGAGGACUGGUUACUAGAGGUUGAGAGGGUCAUGCAGGCGAGCUUGAAGAGCAUCCUUCAUCGCGCUAUUGUUGCCUACGAACAGACUCCUCGCCCUGAGUGGGUAUUGCAAUGGCCGGGCCAGAUUGUCAUCGCCGGUUGUCAGAUGCAUUGGACCAAAGAAGUGUCGGAAGCUUUGGAGAAAAAUGAACUCAAAGAAUUAUUCGUUGUUCUGAAAAAACAGUUGAGCGACUUGGUGUCACUUGUCAGGGGUCAGUUGACGAAGUUAGAAAGAGCAAUAUUAGGAGCUCUAAUUGUCAUUGAGGUUCACGCUUGUGAUGUUGUUGAUAAAAUGCUACAGGAAAAUGUUCGAAAUAUCAACGAUUUUGAAUGGAUCAGUCAGUUGAGGUAUUAUUGGGAGAAUGACCUGCUAAUACGGGCAGUCAACGCCGAGUUUAAAUACGGAUACGAAUAUCUUGGCAACAGUGGUCGCCUGGUUAUCACACCUCUCACUGAUCGCUGUUACCUUACGCUAACUGGAGCGCUGCAUUUGACCUUCGGUGGCGCACCCGCAGGGCCUGCUGGGACUGGCAAAACUGAAACAACUAAGGAUCUUGCCAAAGCUAUGGCGAUACAAUGUGUUGUCUUCAAUUGCUCUGAUCAACUGGACUUCAUGGCAAUGGGGAAAUUCUUCAAAGGACUUGCAAGCUCCGGUGCAUGGGCAUGUUUCGAUGAGUUUAACCGCAUUGACGUUGAAGUAUUGUCUGUGGUCGCGCAACAGAUAUCCACCAUUCAACAAGCACUUCAGAAUAAGGUGGAAAGGUUUAUGUUUGAAGGCGUCGAACUAAAACUACGUCUUUCCUGUGCUGUGUUUAUCACUAUGAAUCCUGGCUAUGCUGGUAGGACAGAACUACCUGACAACCUCAAGGCGUUAUUCCGUCCAGUCGCUAUGAUGGUACCCGACUAUGCAUUGAUCGCUGAGAUCAGUUUGUUCUCGUUCGGAUUUUCUGAAGCCAAAGUUCUUGCAAAGAAGAUAACAACAACAUUUAAAUUGUCCUCAGAACAACUCAGCUCACAGGAUCAUUACGAUUUUGGGAUGAGAGCUGUAAAAACAGUCAUAUCAGCAGCUGGGAAUCUAAAAAGAGAAAAUCCUACAAUGGAAGAGGAGCUUAUUGUCCUGCGUGCCAUCCGAGAUGUAAAUGUUCCUAAAUUCUUAAUGGAUGAUCUCAAGCUAUUCAAUGGCAUUGUCUCUGAUCUAUUUCCAAAAAUAAAAGAGCAACCAAUUGAUUAUGGUGAGCUGGACUCGUCUAUACGGACAUCUUGCAAAAAGAUGGGUUUAGAAGAUGUUGAUGGUUUUGUAACUAAGUGUAUUCAGUUGUAUGAGACCACGGUUGUCCGUCAUGGCUUGAUGAUGGUUGGACCAACUGGAUCCGGAAAAACAAGAUGUUACGAAGUUUUGAAAAAAGCUAUGACGUCAUUAAAGGGCAAAAUGUCUCCGGCGGGCACACAAUUUGAAGAAGUUCACACGUAUGUCUUGAAUCCCAAGUCAAUCACGAUGGGGCAGUUGUAUGGAGAGUUUGAUUUGAUGACACAUGAAUGGACGGACGGUAUUCUCUCGUCAAUGAUUCGUGACGGUAGUUCGAGCUCAACAUCAGAUAAGAAAUGGUAUCUUUUUGAUGGUCCGGUUGACGCCGUCUGGAUUGAGAACAUGAACACAGUGUUAGAUGAUAACAAGAAACUCUGUUUGACCAGUGGGGAAAUUAUCAAAUUAACUGAGUCAAUGACAAUGAUGUUUGAGGUUCAAGAUCUUGCCGUGGCAUCCCCAGCCACUGUCAGUCGAUGCGGUAUGGUUUAUUUGGAGCCCAGUAUUCUUGGGUUGCAACCGUUUGUUGACUGUUGGUUACGAAAGUUGCCUGAUUCCGUGUUUGAUCACAGAGAUACCUUCAAAUCACUGUUCGACCGAUUCUUGGAAGUCAGCAUCAAAUUUCUUCGAAAACAGAUGAAAGAGUUUGUACCCUCGGUGGACAGUAACGUUUGCUUUAGUCUGAUGAAUAUUCUGGAUUCAUUCUUUGCUUCUUUCAAUCCACGCGAGGGUAUAGACGUACCACAAGAAAACCUGGACAAACUUGAGCAGUUGAUUGAACCUUGGUUCUUCUUCGCCCUAAUCUGGUCGGUUGGUGCGACCUGUGAUGGUGACAGUCGACACAAAUUCAGUCAGUUCCUACGAGAAAAAAUGAAAGAAGAAAACAUAAGCAUGCCCUUCCCUGAAGAUGGUUUGAUUUAUGAUUAUUCAUUGGAUGACGCGGGUAUCAGCAAAUUUGGUGCGGAUGAUGACGAAAUUGAAGAAUCAUCGAGUGCAAACGAGAUUCGUUGGAAGCAUUGGUUGGAAGGCGCGCCCAAAAUAACGAUCACGCCAGAAACACGUUUCUCAGAUAUCAUUGUCCCAACCAUGGAUUUGAUUCGUGGGUCUCACAUCCUGGGAAUGUUGCUGGUUAACCACAAGAAAGUUUUAGCUGUUGGUCCAACAGGUUCUGGAAAAACAUUGUGUAUUGGAGAUAAACUAUUGAGACAUAUGCCAAAAGAUUAUCUCUGCCAUUUUCUCACCUUUUCUGCACGAACUUCGGCUAACCAAACACAAGAUAUUAUUGAUGGUAAACUGGAUAAAAGACGAAAAGGUGUGUUUGGUCCACCUCUUGGAAAAACGUUUCUAAUAUUCAUUGACGAUUUGAACAUGCCAGCUCUGGAAACCUACGGUGCUCAGCCACCUAACGAGCUGUUGCGACAGUAUUGUGACCAUAAUGGAUGGUACGACAGAAAACAGAUAGGUGCUUUUCGCGAGCUUGUUGACAUCAAUUUACUCGGGGCAAUGGGUCCACCUGGUGGGGGUCGAAACCCCGUCACUCCCCGUUUAUUACGUCAUUUCAACUUCCUCACUUUCACUGAAAUGGAAGACUCGAGCAAAUUCACAAUUUUCUCAACGAUAUUAAAGGGAUGGCUAGAGUCCUACCACGGGGAAAACAAAGAAGAUCUCGGCAGUCAUUUAGUUCAGCAAACUAUCGCUGUUUACAAUACUAUCACCACGCAGCUCCUCCCAACUCCAUCAAAAAGUCACUACACAUUUAACCUUCGCGACUUGUCGAAAGUCUUCCAAGGCGUUCUCAUGGCAAAACCGGAAAAACUGGAAUCAAAACUUGAACUUCUUCGUUUGUGGUUUCACGAAAACUGUCGCGUGUUUCAAGACCGUCUGGUCAACGAUGAAGAUAGAAAAUGGUUCAUAAAUUUGAUGAGAGAAAAAAUGACCACAGGUUUUGAUGUCGUUUACGAAGAUGUUGUAAAUAAGGUGCCUUUGGUUUAUGGCGAUUUUAUGAUACCAAACGCGGAGAAUAAGAUUUAUGCUGAAGUCAGUGAUUAUGAGAAGAUGGUUAAAAUAUUGGAGGAGUAUUUGGAAGAUUAUAACCAGAUUAAUACUGCACAGAUGAAACUGGUGUUGUUUACAGAUGCCGUCCAGCACGUCUGUAGGAUUGGUCGUAUCAUCAGACAGCCAUUGGGCAACGCUUUACUUUUAGGUGUUGGCGGUAGUGGAAGGCAAAGUUUGACCCGUUUGGCUGCUCAUAUUGCUGAAUACGAAUGUUUCCAGAUCGAACUAGCAAAGAAUUAUGGUGUUCCAGAAUGGCGGGAGGAUGUCAAGAAGGUCAUGAUGAAAGCCGGCUUGGAAAAUAAACCUGUUGUUUUUCUAUUUGUUGAUACACAGAUUAAAGACGAAUCUUUUCUGGAAGAUCUCAAUAAUAUACUAAAUGCAGGCGACGUUCCCAAUAUUUAUCAACCUGAUGAGCUCGACAAUAUUUACACAACAAUGAAGCCGAUCGUUCAAGAUUCUGGCCAGCCUCCUACGAAAGCUAACCUGUAUUCUGCUUACACUAAAUUGGUUCGCUCAAAUAUUCAUUUGGUCGUAUGCAUGAGUCCAAUAGGUGAGAUAUUCCGUGCAAGAUUGCGCCAGUUUCCUUCCCUCGUCAACUGCUGUACAAUUGAUUGGUUCUCAGAGUGGCCCGAGGAGGCUUUGCAAUCCGUAGCCACAACAUUCCUUGGCGAAAUACAAGAGUUAGAAGAUUCACCUUACACUCAGGGAUUGGUUGACAUGUGCGGAGCUAUUCAUCAAUCUGUAGCGAUGAAAUCUAAGAAAUAUCUUGCUGAACUCUCAAGAUAUAACUACGUCACCCCUACAAGUUACUUGGAUUUGUUGGGUACUUUUCGCAAGCUUGUAACACUGAAAAAAUCUGAAAUUGUCAAUGCAAGGAACAGAACUAAAACUGGCCUUGAUAAGUUGCUAUCAACGGCUGAAGAGGUUGAGAAGUUACAAGAAGAACUGGAGUCGAUGCAGCCAUUGCUGGCCCAGGCUGCCAAAGACACUGAGGAUACAAUGGAACAAAUCAAGAAAGAUAGUGUGGUCGCAAAUGAGACGAAAGUCGUGGUACAACGCGAGGAGAUUGAGGCGACAAAGAAGGCGACAGAAACUCAAGCGAUUGCUGACGAUGCUCAGAGAGAUCUUGACGAGGCUCUGCCCGCUUUGGAAGCCGCUCUAACUAGUCUGAAAUCGCUCAACAGGAAUGAUGUUGUCGAGGUGCGGGCACUUCAGCGACCUCCACCAGGUGUGAAGUUGGUCAUUGAUGCUGUGUGUAUCAUCAAGGGAGUUAAACCCAAGAAAGUUGCUGGGGAAAAGGUUGGCACUAAGGUCGAUGACUAUUGGGAACCUGGUAAAGCAUUGCUACAAGAUCCUGCAAAGUUUCUGGAAGGCCUAUUCAAAUUUGACAAGGAUAACAUCCCUGACAGUAAUAUUCAGAAGAUCCAGCCUUACAUCGACAAUGAAGAUUUUACUCCUGCGGCGAUUGCAAAGGUUUCAAAAGCGUGUACAUCAAUAUGCCUCUGGGUGAGAGCCAUGCAUAAAUAUCACUUCGUUGCAAAAUCAGUGGCACCAAAAAGGGAAGCUCUAAAGAAGGCGACCGAAGACUUGCAAGAAACACAGCGUAUCCUGGGUGAGGCGAAAGACAGACUACGAGAGGUUGAGGAAGGCAUUGCCUCACUUCAGGCAAAAUAUGAUGAAUGUAUUGCUAAGAAAGAAGAGCUGGAGUAUAAAACGGAGUUGUGUACUGCUAGACUAACACGAGCUGAAAAGCUUAUCGGUGGCCUGGUGGACGAGAAAGGUCGAUGGCAAGAGUCUGUUACCGAGUUUGAUGGCCAGAUUAUUAACGUUGUCGGUGACGUCAUGAUUUCAUCUGGGGUGAUUGCGUAUCUUGGAACGUUUACAGGUGAAUACCGUGCAGCCAUGGUCGCUGAAUGGUUGAAUCAUUUGGUUCAGCUUGAGAUCCCUCAUUCAGAAACAUGCUCUCUCGUCUCGAUUCUUGGAGAUGCGGUAAAAAUCAGAAAUUGGCAGAUCGCCGGCCUGCCUAGGGACACGUUGUCAGUCGAAAACGGCGUUAUUGUACAGAACUCACAGAGAUGGCCGCUUUUCAUUGAUCCGCAGGCACAGGCCAACAAAUGGAUUAAGAAUAUGGAAAAAGAAAGUGGAGUGGAUGUCGUUAAAUUGACAGACAAGGAUUUCUUACGAAGUCUUGAAAAUGCUGUGAGGUUUGGAAAGCCAUGUUUGCUGGAAAAUGUCGGCGAGGAGUUGGACCCAGCUUUGGAACCGAUAUUGUUGAAACAGACAUUCAAGCAAUCUGGCAGUACAGUAAUCAAACUAGGCGAUGCAAUCAUACCCUAUCAUGAUGACUUCAAGUUCUACAUCACAACUAAACUACCAAAUCCACAUUAUACUCCAGAAGUAUCUACCAAGGUCACUAUUGUAAACUUCACUCUUGCUCCAAGUGGUUUAGAAGACCAGCUUUUAGCUAUCGCAGUAGCAGAAGAGAGACCAGAUCUCGAGGAAGCGAAGAAUCAACUUAUUGUGAGCAAUGCCAAGAUGAAACAGGAACUGAAAGAGAUCGAAGACAAGAUAUUACACAAAUUAUCAGCAUCGGAAGGAAAUCCUGUUGAUGAUGUGGACCUCAUUCAAACUCUCGAGGCAUCUAAAGUUAAAGCUGGUGAGAUUAAGGCAAAAGUGGUUAUUGCUGAACAAACAGAAAAUGACAUUGAUGAGACCAGAAGUCAGUACAUUCCCGUGGCUGUGCGGACACGAAUAUUGUUCUUUUGCACCUAUGACUUGGCAAAUAUCGAUCCAAUGUAUCAGUAUUCCUUGGAAUGGUUUAUCAGUAUUUUUCUAAACAGUAUUGCAAACGCUGAGCAAGCAGAUAACAUCGCUCAACGUAUUGAAAAUGUGAAUGAGUAUUUCACCUUCAGUCUCUACUGUAAUGUUUGUCGCAGUCUUUUUGAGAAGCAUAAACUGUUGUUUUCAUUUCUGGUGUGCGUCAGAAUCUUACAGAAUGAAGAUAAGAUUGAUAUUGAUGAAUGGCGUUAUCUCCUAGCAGGCGGAACAACUGUCCCGGAACAAGUUCCCAACCCUGCCGAGGAAUGGAUCUCGGAGCGAGCUUGGAAUGAGAUCUUGACUUUACCGGCGCUAACGAAGUUUGCGAGGUUUGCCAAAGAUUUCAGAAAACAUCUUCAGGGAUUUAAAAGAAUCUUUGACAGUACUGAACCGCACAGGGAACCCAUGCCUGGUUCGUGGGACAAAGAUUUGGAUCAUUUCCAAAAAAUCCUUGUUCUACGUUGUCUGCGCGCCGACAAAGUCACGAACGCGAUGCAGGAUUUUGUUGCCGAACAUCUUGGGCAAAAGUUUAUCGAACCACAGACCGCAGACCUUUCUUUGGUGUUCAAAGACUCGUCACCCACGUGUCCUUUAAUCUUCGUUCUCUCGACUGGAACCGACCCAGCCGCAGACCUGUACAAGUUCGCCGAGGAAAUGCGAUUCUCUAAAAAGCUGAACGCCAUCUCGCUGGGUCAGGGGCAGGGGCCACGGGCUGAGGCAAUGAUGCGUUCUGCGAUGGAGAGGGGGAAAUGGGUGUUCUUUCAGAAUUGUCAUCUCUCGCCAAGCUGGAUGCCCACAUUGGAAAGAUUGAUUGAAAAUAUUGACGUGGAUAAGGUUCAUCGUGACUUUAGACUUUGGUUAACCAGUAUGCCCAGUCCUAAAUUCCCUGUCUCAAUCCUUCAAAAUGGCUCCAAGAUGACAGUUGAACCGCCUCGAGGAAUUAAGGCAAACCUUCUCAGAUCAUUUACUGGAUUUAGUGAUGAAUUCUAUGCCGGAUGUAAACGGGUUGAAGAUUUCAAGUAUCUGUUGUUCUCGUUAUGUCUGUUCCACGGGGUAACACUUGAACGUCGGAAGUUUGGUCCUCUUGGGUUCAAUAUCCCGUACGAGUUUACUACAGGAGAUCUUAGGAUUUGUAUCAGUCAACUGAGUAUGUUUCUGGACGAGUAUGAAGGAGUUCCUUAUAAGGUUUUAAAGUACACGGCAGGUCAGAUCAACUACGGAGGCCGCGUCACGGAUGACUGGGAUCGAAGAUGCAUCAUGACAAUCUUGGCAGAUUAUUAUCAGUCAGAAGUCCUGGAACCUGGGCACCCGUUUUCAGAGGCUGGAGUAUAUCAUCAAUUGAAGGGCGAUACACCACAUGAGGGUUAUCUACAUUAUAUCCGAGGUUUGCCGAUCAACGACACACCAGAAAUCUUCAGUUUGCAUGAAAACGCAAACAUCACCUUCGCCCAGAAUGAGACAUUUGAUCUCCUCCAUGGAAUACUGGCUAUGCAGCCCAAAACUACCGCAGGCGCAGGAAAAUCACGUGAAGACAUUGUGGAGGAAAUUGGUCGUAGCAUCCUCGACAAAGUCCCAGCUCCUAUACCAAUUCUACCAGUCAUGGAGAAGUAUCCGGUGAAGUACGAAGAAUCCAUGAACACAGUUUUGACGCAAGAAGUUAUCCGAUACAACAAAUUACUGACCGCCAUUCGCAGUUCUUUAAAUGAGAUGUUGAAGGCGUUGAAAGGUUUGGUUGUGAUGUCACAAGCUCUGGAAACGAUGGUGGAUAGCUUGUAUAAGAAUGCUGUGCCUGAUCUCUGGGCUAGUAAGGCAUAUCCAUCGUUAAAGCCACUUUCGUCCUGGGUCACCGAUUUGAUAGCGAGGGUUGCGUUUAUUCAAAAAUGGAUUGAUCUCGGAAUACCUCCGGUAUUUUGGAUCUCAGGCUUCUUCUUCCCGCAAGGAUUUCUCACCGGGACCCUUCAAAAUUAUGCCAGAUCUUCGUCCAUCUCAAUCGAUGUAAUCACCUUUGAUUUUGAGGUGUUACCCAAGUCAGCAUCUGAACCACAAUCUCGGCCUGAAAACGGGUGUUAUAUUCGAGGCCUUUUCCUUGAGGGGGCUCGUUGGAGUGCAGACAAACAUGAGCUGGCAGAGUCGAAGCCUAAAGAACUCUAUACAGAUAUGCCAAUAAUCUGGCUUAAGCCUACGGCUAACAGAGUUAAACCUGUAACUGGAAUAUACGAAUGCCCUGUGUAUAAGACCUUGACUAGAGCAGGAACGCUUUCAACGACUGGCCAUUCGACAAACUUCGUCUUGUCAAUUGAAGUCCCAAGCAGCAAACUCCAACAGCAUUGGAUUAAACGCGGUGUUGCUUUGAUGUGUGCUUUAAAUUAUUAAUCAGCACUGUCAGUUCCCUGCGUUCAAAGUUAUAUAUUUCUUUUUCUAUCGUAAAAACUCAUUCGUACUUUUGUAGUUGAUAUAAUUCGUAAAAUGUAUAGAUAUUUUAU